CCAUUUUUACGGGAAAAUACGGUGCAAAAUAUUGUUUUAUUGUUGAUAGUUGCAAGUGAAAACAACGAUGGAUCGCAACAAACCGAGCUCCAGUGCUCGGUCUACAAAAAAACAGAUUGGAUUGCCACAGAGUGAAUUGUUUGCGCUGGGAUCGAAAUCCGGCACCAGUUCCCGUGAUGAUCCGAAAAACAAACCGGGUGUCAGUGGAGUUUCGGAACGCAAGCGGGAUGCUGCGGCGCUGGCUAGUGCAGUGGCCGCCAAGAAGAUCAAACUUAGCUCAACGAGUGGAUCCGGUUCGGUAGGCUCUACGUUGCCGGGGACGAGCAAGCCGUCAUCCGGCGGGGAUAGUUCCAGCAACAGUAGCGUGUUGGAGUACUGGGAACAGAUGGCCCUGGACUGUGAAUCGGUGGAUUUGGUUUCUUCGGUGCUCAGUGCUAUCGACCAGCAGGACAGUGACAGCGUGGUGGGAUAUAUUUGUGGAGCAAUCAAGUUGUUGAUAUCCCCCAAGUCAAAGUCGGAAUCGGUGCUGUCGUUGUCACUGUUGUACUUGGCUAAGAUAAGACCGCAUCUAUUUUGUAACGACACGAUAACAUCGGCGUUGAUUGCCGUUUUGAAAAGGGACACUCAAAAUUCGUUCAAAGGUCGGAACAAUCCAACUGUCCACAUUCUGGCCUGUAAUCUGCUGGCCAGGGGUUAUAGCGAUAAGAAACAGUGGCCAGAGAGUUUGAUCAAAACCUACGUCGAGGAUGCAAUCAAUGAUCGCGUUUGGGUUGACUACGAAGAAUGUGCACCGCUCACGGAUAACUGCGUUGCUGCUUUCGGAACGAAGAUCCCUCCCAAGUGGAUGCUACAGCCGGAACUUAGUGCGUUGAAUCCAAAUGCCAGGGAGAAUCCGGCGAUCGACGAUGAACACUCGACCGACAGUGGAAUGUUUGGCGAUGCUCUGGGGAAGGAUCCGGACGCGAAUCCGCCGCGUUUCGCACACAUUCAGGAGCAGGUUGAGAAGAUUGUAGUCGAAGCUGCGAAGGACCAACUCAAUCGCAGGCAAGCUCCCGACUGUUCGACGAGAAACUUUUUAAAAUUCCUAUCAUUGGGAUGUGGAUUACCGGAGGUGAGAGCAUUGGCCAUUCCUCGGCUGGAACUUUGGAUUCACAAUGGAAAAUUGAUGAAGCCUGCCCAGGAGUUGCUCACCUUCAUUUGCUACAACGUAACGGGACAGAAUCCAAAAGAUCACGAAGUACUGUCCAAUUUGGUGAAGAUGCGACUCAAGACGAAGCCAUUGAUAAACAUCUUUAUGAUUUGCCUGAAGGAGAUGAUCAACUGUCAGUCGGAAAUUUUGAACAUGAUGCUGAAGUACGUCGUUCAGAAUGAACUCUCGAAUGCUCGAAACCCGAACAACAUGGGCAUGCUGGCGACCAUGUUUCAGGCUAAAGCAACCGAGUCGGCUACCCAUCUGGCGGAAAUCUAUCAAGAAUGUUUACUUCAAAGGGAAGAUGUCCUCAGAACGCUACGAGUGUUUCUUCGAGAAUUGGUCAAAAUGCUUCGCUAUGACAUCAAUUUAAUGAUAUUCUCCAAGGCACUGCUCACGACUCGAGCCGAUUUGAAACCUCAAGUGACGAGUUCGGAGUUUCGUGAUCGCAUCUUCCAUUCCGUUGUCGAUUUGGUAUGUCUCUGCAUGUUCCUGUCGGUUUCUCCGCAAAUUCGAGAAGCCAAUGCAUCCAUUCGCAGCGGAAGAGAGCCUAAGAGCUCCCCGGCGCUGACGACUUUCUAUCAGCAAAUGUCCACGAUCCAAUUCGAUACGCUCACCUGGAUGCACGAAGUGGUUCCGGUCAUGUACAAACCAUCGCCCAACGAUUUCAAAAUAGCUUUCCAUAAAAUGCUUUUCUUGGAUUCUCCGGAAGCUUACGCGAAAGGCGAUCAGUGGCCACCGGAACCGGAACGAGCUCCGCUAUUGAGAAUAGUUUCGGAAAUUCCUCUGCAGCAGAACUCAAUGCUUCGCAUAAUCCUCAUUGGCAUAACCAAGGAAAUUCCCUUCACCAUCCCGGACACCAUGGAAAUCAUCGAGCAGCUGGUCCGUCGCGCCGGAUCGCUCCGUCACGUCGACUAUCCCCCACUGGAUGUGGCCAACCUCGAAAUCAUCGAUCUACUCUUCAAAAUGUCCGAAUAUCAUCAUCCGGACAACAUUGUACUCCCACCAAAUUACGAACCUCCAAAUCUAGCCAUAUCAUCGCUAUACUGGAAAACCUGGAUUAUCCUGCUGCUCAUUUCCGCCCAUAAUCCAUCAAUAUUCGGAUCAUUCUGCUGGGAGCAGUACCCUAUGCUGCGCACUCUGAUGGAAAUGUGCAUUACCAAUCAAAUCGGACCGACCAAGUCAUCCGAUGAGGAACUACAGGUCGCCACCGCAGAAAAGUGUCAGAUUUUGGAAUUCGAAAACCACCUGGCAUCGAACGUUAUCAACGAGCAGAAUAGCCUUUUGCUGUCCCAAUUGAUUCUCAUGGAUCCCCGAGGUGUGGCUAGACGUCCUCCGAAUCACGUGCUGGAACAAAUUCAAUCACUGAACGUCACUCAUCGGUUGGGUCAUCUGCUGUGUCGUAGUCGAAAGCCGGAUCUUCUACUAGAAAUCAUCCAGCGGCAGGGAACCUCCCAGGCCAUGCCUUGGUUGGCAGAUCUCGUACAGAACAGCGACGGUGACUUCAACCAUCUACCAGUGCAGUGUUUGUGCGAGUUUCUGCUGUCCAAUUCGAGUACCGUCAUUGUGGAGAACAGCCGCGAGGCGGAGCUGCUGGUCUAUCUGCAGAAGGUGGUUCAGGACGAAAAUGGGGACCAUCAAAUGAACUGCGAAAUCAUGGAGUACUUUUUACGGCGGUUGUCGUCGUUCUCGAACCAAUCCCGGCAGUCGGCCAUCCGGGGAUUGAAGCUCCUGUUGAAGGUCUUUCAGGAAGAAAAUGAUCCGGUCCCAAUAGAGAGCAACAACUCGGAUUGGUUGCUACGCUAUCUGCCGACAAUUCCGCACUUUGUGUACGUGCGUCCAAACGUGGUCGUACAGCUGCGGGCCGCUUGCCAGGUGGAAAACUCCCCCGAACUGGUUAUGGUCUACAUCCAAUUUAUAGCCGCUCACACAUCGAUGGACUCGGAAGCGGACAUGCUUGAGCACGUCAUGGACAUGUCCCAUCUGAUCGUCGAACGGAGCACUAUCUUUUCGCACAUCAUUCCGACGGCGACGGAUCAGAGCGAGGCACGGGUCCAAACCCUAAACUGCCUGUUUGUUAUGUUCAACAACUUCCUUAUCAAGUUGAGGGAGUACAAAAUAACUCAAGCUUUCACCGAGUACCAGGAUCUGCUGUUGGUGCAAUUCGCCGACGAAAGUCAAUGUCACAUUCACUUGAACAUCAUUCAAGCUUUCGUGAUACUUUUGACCCACUCGACGUUCAUCCCGGUGGCGGCGCAAAUCUUGGAUUACUGGUUCCCGGAAGAAGCUCCACCACCGCAGGCGUUCAACAUCGAGACGUCCGAAGCGGUACAGAUUCUACCCGAUUGGCUCAAGCUGAAAAUGAUCCGUAGCAACGUGGACCGUUUGGUCGAUGCAGCUCUGCAAGGAUUAACUCCGGAUCAGAUCGUCCUUUUCGUCCAGAACUUCGGAACUCCUAUCAAUUCGAUGUCUAAACUGCUGGCCCUCCUGGAUCGGGCCGUCAUCGAGCAGUUCGACGCAGUGAACAACGCCAUCCUGCACAAAAAAUACCUUACGCAGUUGGUGGAAAUCCAGCAAGCUAGAGGUGCGAAAAAUGGACACAUUUCCAUCCAAGCCUUGGAGUUGGACAACCAGCCAAUCGGUGAUCCUCCGAUGAUGACCCUAACGGUUAUGGAACCCCUGCAGAUUAAUUUGAACGAUGAGGGCCGAACGCGAACCAUUUCCGAACAGAGCAAGCCUGCUUCCAAGACCAAGGAGAUCGAAGAAGCUGUGGAGAUCGUACUGACUCACCCGGCUAUUAGCAAACCGAACAUGGCCAAGUACCGGAAGUUGAUACAACGCUUGAAUAGUGGUGGAAAGUCAUCCAAAUCGCAGGAGUACACGGCCAAUAAGGUGCUCAACUACUUGGGAAGGUUGAUCAAGAGCCCCCAGGGCCAGUAUCUGAUCAAGAAUUGGAUUCAGAAUGCUCAGAUGUGUUGCUUCUUCCGUUCGCUGUUGGCCAUCCCGCCGGAGAAGUUCGAAAAUCUAAACUAUUUGCUGCACAUUCUUGACGAGAUCAUCAAGUACAUGAAUCCCGCUUCGAAUACGGUUCUUCUGCAGGUAUUGGUCGGCAAGCGUCAGCAGCUGAUAAAGAUAGCGCAGAAAGACAAUCUUCAAGGACAGGGUUCGUCGAAAAAUCUCCUUCAGGUCCUCACUACCAACAAGGCAUCGGAAGUUGAGCGCGAGGGUAAGCUGCAGCUGCGUCAAACCGGCACCGAAGAGAUGAUCAAUGUGAUUUCCACCUUGCUCAAAAGCGGGCAGGGUAUCAAGAUGGAAAUCCAGGAGUUGCAAUUUGACAAACGUGGACUGUUGGUCGAUUGGCUGGCGGAUGCCGAUUCGGAGCUGGUUCACGUCAACAAGGACAUCCAGAUGGACAUGCUGUUCAACCGAAGUCUCGGUGAUUUCCGACCGUACUUGCUGUCGCUGAUGGGCCAUCAAGCUAGCUGGUCAACGCUCCACGAGACGGUGGAUUUGCUGAUGAAAAAGUUUAAUUCAAAUUAUGAUCCAUGUUCGGUGCUAGACUUUAUCGAUACCUUGACGAGAAAUCCCAAGCUUUGGCAAGGACGGGAUAAAGCCGUUCCAAAGCACGAGCAGGUGGAGUACAUUGUCAUGUUGAGUGAGAAACAGGUGAAGACCUUCAUUGAUUAUAUCCUCGCCGAGGCCAAUGAAGACACUUUGUGCGAACGUGUGAAAUUGCUUCUGCAAUGCGUGGAUUGCAAGUCUGAUUACCUGUCUAUAAUGGUUGACUAUGCAGAUGGUAAAACGGAUGCCUCGUCGAAGAAAUUCAUGCAGCAACUAUAUCUCAACAUUCCACCGAUGAAGUUUUUGAUGCCGCACAUUGAAGGUGUCUACGAUGCAGAUGUACGCAAUGCCACCGGUUGCGUUGGGGAUAAGUUCGCUUACUACAUCCUGACUACGAUUGCCUGCUUGACGAACCCGAGAGACUUUCAACAGAUGUCGGCAGAGAUGGAACUUAUUGUCAGAAAGCUCGCGGCGUCUCAUCCCGUUCUACUGCUGCGUCAGCUCUCCGUUCUGGCUACCUUACUCCAGGGUAGAGCUCACAUGGACCUGUCGGUACUUCGCGCCGAGUAUCACUUCCAUCUGUUCCACCAGGUUAUGGGAAUACUGGAACUGCUUCAACCACUGGUAUUCGAAGACAGCUACCACAAUGGACUUCAAAACGCUUUGAAUUGCUAUUUUGCGCUGCUGAGAAAUUACGGCAACGUCAAGGAAACCUACACUUUGAUCUACCGUUUCAUGGAAUUCCUUCAUGCCUAUAUCGGCACCAAUCCUAAAAUGGCAAUCAGUUUCAUACAAAACUUUUCCGAUCUCCUAAACGAUCUAGCUCAUCAACAUUGCGACCUGCAAUCGCUCCAGCAACUCGUUCAAGGUCUGUCGAUGUUCAAACAGCGGACAUCUUCCAGUCCGGCGGCGAUCAGAUCUGAACCGGAGGAACCUACGCCGGGAACGUCCAAGGAUACCAAACCGCCACCCGCAGACUCCACCACAACAAGCACGAAGUCCGCGCAGCAAGCAACAGCCGCGAUAAUGAUGUCCACCUACGUGAAGAACGAUGUCCUGCCCCAGCACUGGCAGGAACUAACCCACGCGCUUCGGUCCCGUGAAAUCGAUGACAUUGUCACUCCGAUGCAGGAGAUUGACGCACUGACCGUCAAACGUCCGGCCUUGCUGGAAGACAUCUUCGAUGAAAUCAUCCGUUUCCUUACGCACUCGUCGGGACCGAUCCGUCAAACGGCUCACGGAUUGAUCACACGUUGGCUCAAGCAGAACCCUGGAAAUUUCUCCACCAAUAGCUCGGCGCUGACGGCGUUCGUGCAGUGUCUCUACCACGAAGACGUCGCAGUGGUACAGACUGCCCUGGACAAGACCACCGAGUACGCACUCUGUCUGCAGGAGUAUGCACCGCAGAUUUUGAUGACCAUGUUCAACUUGGGCAUCAACAACAAGAUCAACACGUACACAGCGAUCAAACGGUGCGUGCAGGCGAUCAAGAAACAGCAUGCCUGUUGAACGUGGGGUAAUCAUGAAA